AUGGAACUCUCGAGGACGCACAUUGCAGGCCCAGUGGUAGUAGAUGCCCAAGGGACGCCCCGUCAAGUGAUUACAAGACAUAUUUAUCUUGGCGACAUCUUGGCGGCUCGUAUCGCUCAAUCCUUAUCGUCUACAUUGUAUCAGUGCCCUCUCGGCGGGGCUUUAGUGACAUGGGCCACAGUAAGCCAAUCCUUCCGAAAAAUUACAUAUUUGUACAAGACUCAAAACCAAGAAGUUGUGGUGUCGGAAGGAUCCCACCGGUGUGAGGUGUCAGAAUUCACCCUGUGCAUGUGUCAAUUUGGGGUGGCCUAUUGUUUUGCAUUCAGCUAUACCUUGGGAGGAGCUAGCAACCCAGUAUCUACCUGA